AUGACCUUAGAACAAAUAAUAUUUUACAAAAAAGUAAUAGAAUGUGUAACUUUGAAAAAAGAAAAUAAAUCAAUCCUGAAAAAUGAAUUUCCUAUAUUUUUAGAUGGAAAGGCAGGUCGCGGUAAAACUUUUUUAAUCAAUGCUAUAUGUUAUGCAAUUCGCGCAAUGAAAGAAAUAAUUCUGUUAUGUGGAACCACAGCUUUAGCUACUCUUCUCUAUGAAGAUAGACGUAUAGCGCAUUCACUAUUCCGAAUACCUGUAGAAGAAAAUAACAUAAACAUUCAAUCAAGCAUCAAACUCAAUAGUACUCAUGCGGAAUUAAUCAAAGUAGCAAUUAUAAUUAUUUGGGAUGAACUCCCUAUAGCAAACAAAGCCAUAAAAUUCUUUAUAGGUAUAGGAGAUUUUAGACAAGUCGCUUCAGUUGUUAAAGGGGCUGGUAAAAGCUCUACAAUCAAUGCAUCGAUCAAAACUUCGUUCCUAUGGAAAUAUUUUAAAAUAUACACUCUGAAUCAACUUAUACACAAUGCAAGUGAUCCAAUUUUUGCAGAAUUCAUUGAUAAUAUCAGUGAAAAUUAUGAAGAUCAAGACAUUUCAUUAAAUAUUUUUAAAACUACUACUAACAUUGAAAUGGCAAUAUCUUUUCUUUAUCUUGAAAAUAUAUUUACGAAUCAUGAAAUGUUACAAAAAAGAGCCUUUUUAAGUCCCCAAAAUAAUGAAAUAGUUAAUGAUCAUCCAACAGCUACACCGGAUUACCUAGCACAACUUACAUAUUCCGGAAUACCUAAUCACGAAAUUCAUCUGAAAAUUGGAGCUAUAUGCUCUAUCAUGUGA